AUGUCGCCUUCGGCUUCAACGCAGAAGAUCAGCCUGAAGCGCAUCGCUCAUGUCUUCUACACCCACAAGAACCUCGAGGUGGCCGAGAAGUUCCUCCUCGAUUUCGGCUUCAGCGUCACCCAGCGCUCCGACGACAAGAUAUACUUUCGCGGAUAUGGCCCCGAGCCAUUCGUGUACUGUGCCUCCAAGGGUACCGAUAAUGUAUUUGGCGGGGCGGCGUUCGUAGUGGACUCGAUGGAGGACCUGGAACUGGCAACGUCGCUGCCAGGCGCAACACCAAUUCACGAUUCAGAUGCCCCGGGCGGGGGAAAGCGUGUCACGUUCUACGAGCCUGUGGACAACUGCCCAUUCCACCUGGUCUACGGCCAAACACCCGUCGAGAUCGCCCAGACGUUCCCCGAGCUGAACUACAACUUCCCCACAAGCAAAUACCGGCCUGUUGGCGAGACACAGCGGUUCGAGAAGGGACCCGCGCCGGUUCACAAGUUGGGACACUUUGGGCUGUGCGUCACGGAUUUCAAGAAGGCAUAUCAGUUCUUUACCACCAAUUUCAACCUAAAGUCUAGUGACUUGGUAUACGACCCCAAGACGGACGAGGACAUCACUACGUUCCUGCACCUGGACCGCGGACAGGAGUGGGUGGACCACCACACGUUCUUCUUCUUCGAGGGGCCGAAGUUCCAUGUGCACCAUUCGAGUUUCGAGGUCUUUGAUUUCGACAUCCAGAUGCUGGGUCAUAACUGGUUGCGGGACCAGAAGUACGAGAACUGCUGGGGCGUUGGCAGACACGUAAUGGGUAGCCAGAUCUUUGAUUACUGGUUUGACCCGAGCCGGUUCAUCCUGGAGCACUAUGUUGAUGGCGAUCUGGUCAACGAGGAUACGCCUGGACAUAGAGGUGCUGCGGGACCUGGGAAUCUGCAUGUAUGGGGACCUGAUGUGCCGCCGACUUUCUUGCAGUAG